AUGGAGCGAAUCAUCCCAAUGUCAUGGACAAAGGAAGUGAAAUACUUGUCAUCAUCUUGUCAGCGGUCAGCAGAUGAGGAGGGGCUUCACAGGGAAUCCAUGGUCUUGUUGGAGAAGUUGGUGGAGAUGGAGGAUGUGUUGAAGCUCGAAAAAAGGCUAAAGUUUCUCUUUUUAAUUCAGGUCUAUUGGUAUGGGCGCCCUCGUGUCUAG